UUUUGAAUUAAUUUGCCCCACUCCCCUUCUUCUCCCUUUUCCUUCCGCUCUCAAACCUCACGCCUUUCCUCCCUUCGCCCCUCUUUUUCUUCCUUUCUUUGUUCUUUUCAUUUUUCUUCAACUCCCCUCCUCCAAAUCCAUAUUUUUAGAGAAGAUUUCUCCCUCUCUUUCCUUCCGCUCUCAAACCUCAUGCCUUUCCUCCCUCCGCCCCUCUUCUUCUUCCUUUCUUUGUUCUUUUCAUUUUUCUUCAACUCUCCUCCUUCAAUUCCAUAGUUUUAGAGAAAUAUUCAUCCUGGAACACCCAACAAGCUGUCCAAGCUCUCAAGACAUUGAGACAGAUGGACAUAAUAACGAGGAAGAAGAUGUUAAUAUGGUUCUUCCGGAAGUGGGCAUGAAGUAAUUUCCGAUUAGAAAAAGAACAAACACGAAGGACAUAAACAAGGACGAGGUAGUGUCAAUUGUAAUAGAGUGUUCACGAACGGGAAGUAGAGGUAGCAAGGCACUAAAUUGUUUGAAGCCUCAAACUUCAAUGCAAACAUCUUUCCGCUAGAAAAAGGAAAAACCAAGAUGCACACCUGUAACUGUUGUACAUAUUUUAUGAUGUUUACACCUGUAACUGUUGUACAUAUUUUCAAUGUAAUGAAGUGUCGCAGACAAUAG